GUUGCCAGCAAAUGUGGCCACUAUAUGUCAAGAAUUCUAAAGCCAUAGGAGAGUGAGAAGAACAACUUUAGUGAGGAUGCCCAGCUGUUUCAUAGAAACCCCAGCUCAUUUCUCUUGGAAAGAAAGUUAUUACCGAUCUGCCAUGUCCCAGAGCACACAGACAAGUGAAUUCCUCAGUCCAGAGGUUUUCCAGCAUAUCUGGGAUUUUCUGGAACAGCCUAUAUGUUCAGUUCAACCCAUUGACUUGAACUUUGUGGAUGAACCAUCAGAAAAUGGUGCAACAAACAAGAUUGAAAUUAGCAUGGACUGUAUCCGCAUGCAAGACUCAGACCUCAGUGACCCCAUGUGGCCACAGUACACGAACUUGGGGCUCCUGAACAGCAUGGACCAGCAGAUUCAGAACGGCUCCUCAUCCACUAGCCCCUACAACACAGACCAUGCGCAGAACAGCGUCACGGCGCCCUCGCCCUACGCGCAGCCCAGCUCCACCUUUGAUGCCCUCUCACCAUCACCUGCCAUUCCCUCCAACACAGACUACCCAGGCCCGCACAGCUUCGACGUGUCUUUCCAGCAGUCGAGUACCGCCAAGUCGGCCACCUGGACGUAUUCCACAGAGCUGAAGAAGCUAUACUGCCAAAUCGCGAAGACAUGCCCCAUCCAGAUCAAGGUGAUGACCCCUCCUCCCCAGGGCGCUGUUAUCCGUGCCAUGCCUGUCUACAAGAAAGCUGAGCAUGUCACUGAGGUGGUGAAGCGGUGCCCCAAUCAUGAGCUGAGCCGAGAAUUCAAUGAGGGACAGAUGGCUCCUCCUAGUCAUUUGAUCCGAGUAGAAGGGAACAGCCAUGCCCAAUAUGUAGAAGACCCCAUCACAGGAAGGCAGAGUGUACUGGUACCUUAUGAGCCACCUCAGGUUGGCACUGAAUUUACCACUGUCCUGUAUAAUUUCAUGUGCAACAGCAGCUGUGUCGGCGGGAUGAACCGUCGUCCAAUUUUAAUCAUUGUUACUCUGGAAACCAGAGAUGGGCAAGUCCUGGGCCGCCGUUGCUUUGAGGCCCGGAUCUGCGCUUGUCCGGGAAGAGACAGGAAGGCAGAUGAAGACAGCAUCCGAAAACAGCAAGUUUCGGACAGUACAAAGAAUGGUGAUGGUACGAAGCGCCCUUUUCGUCAGAAUACACAUGGCAUCCAGAUGACAUCCAUCAAGAAACGAAGAUCUCCAGAUGAUGAGCUUCUGUACUUACCAGUGAGAGGCCGUGAGACUUAUGAGAUGCUGUUGAAGAUCAAAGAAUCCCUGGAGCUCAUGCAGUACCUUCCUCAGCACACAAUUGAAACCUACAGGCAGCAGCAACAGCAGCAGCACCAGCACUUACUUCAGAAACAGACCUCGAUGCAGUCUCAGUCUACAUAUGGUAACAGCUCCCCACCUCUGAACAAAAUGAACAGCAUGAACAAGCUGCCUUCCGUGAGCCAGCUUAUCAACCCUCAACAGCGCAACGCCCUCACUCCCACCACCAUGCCAGAUGGCAUGGGAGCCAAUAUUCCCAUGAUGGGCACCCACAUGCCAAUGGCUGGAGACAUGAAUGGCCUCAGUCCCACCCAGACCCUCCCUCCCCCACUCUCCAUGCCUUCCACCUCCCACUGCACCCCCCCACCUCCGUACCCCACAGAUUGCAGCAUUGUCAGUUUCUUGGCAAGGUUGGGCUGUUCAUCAUGUCUGGACUAUUUCACGACCCAAGGGCUGACCACCAUCUAUCAGAUUGAGCAUUACUCCAUGGAUGAUUUGGCAAGUUUAAAGAUCCCUGAGCAAUUCCGACAUGCCAUCUGGAAGGGAAUCCUUGACCACCGACAGCUUCACGACUUCUCCUCACCUCCCCAUCUUCUGCGGACCCCAAGCAGUGCUUCUACUGUCAGCGUGGGAUCCAGUGAGACCCGUGGCGAGCGUGUGAUAGAUGCUGUGCGCUUUACUCUCCGCCAGACCAUCUCCUUCCCACCCCGGGAUGAAUGGAAUGACUUCAACUUUGACAUGGAUGCCCGUCGCAACAAGCAACAGCGCAUCAAAGAGGAAGGGGAGUGAACCACCUGGUGUCAGCUCUUCUGUCCUCUUCCUACUGCCCACCCUCAUCAAGGCACUCCUGCUGCUUGGUCUUCAAAGCAUUCUCCCUAGGUCUUCCCUCUUCCUCUCAGUCUGAUUUCUUAAGGGAAGGAGAAGUAAGAGGCUACCUCUUAACCUAAAAAUCUGAGCUGGCAUCUGAGUUUGAUUCUGGCUUUAAGCCUUGAAAACUAUUGCUUGCAGACUGAGUUGUCACAACUAGAUAGAAGUAAGCAAAAAGGCAGUGGGCGUCUCCUUAUGCUGCAGAGAUCUCUCAUUGACUUUUAUAAAGAAUUUUCACUCUUAUAGUCUAAGACUAUAUGUAUAUAUAUAAAUAAAUAAAUGUAUAAAUAUACAGUAUAUAUAUUUUGGUGUGGGAACACUGAAUAUUGUUUAAAAUGUAAUUUAAGUCAUGGAAAUUGAUUUGCACUUACUUUUUAAAAAAAUUUACUUGUUUUCCAUUUCUUGUCUACACCCCUUUUGUCAGGGUUAUCAUGACUGGUGACACAUUUGUAGAACCUGAAGCUCCAUGGAUGCUAAACACCAUAUCAAACCUUUGAUAAAUCCAGCUGAACUUUCCAUGGUUGACCUGUGGUCAGACUGUAUAUAUAUGUACAUGGUUCUCUGUGAUGAUUUACUGUAUAUUACUGGCGUCCUUUCAAGGGAUGUUAGUUCACUUUGUAGUUGUAAGAAACACCUAAGGGAAGGACUUCUUUUGCCUUUGUUUGAGAAUAAGGAAUGAGGGUUAUUCAUAAAAUUCCUGAAGGUCCUUGGGAUUGAGUUCCAAACAACUGGUACAAUGUACCUGGGCACAUCAGAAGUCUUCUCAAAUUUCAAUGCCAAACACAUUAAUACUUAUUGAAAACAUGUUUUCUACCAUCAUAGAAGCCUUAAGACUAAAUUUCACUACUAGGUUGACCAACGUAUAUAGAGGUAUGGCUCCAGUUUAGUUGGUGCGGAUAAAUGAUCUAGUUCACACAGUAAAAUUGUAGCAUAUGCUAAGACUGU